AUAGUAAUUUUGAAACGCCAAGAUGUCAUUUUCAAAUAGAAUACAAAUCAGAGGUCUACAUUUUUAUAAGCAAAUGGUUAAAAGAGGGAAUUUAUUUAAUCUGAGGCAACAAACCUGUUUAUUGAAGCCUUCACCUGCCAUGCCUCAAAAUCUUUCAACAAGCCAACAAAAUUAUAUCAAUAAUUCAAAUUACUUCAGUAAUUAUUCAGCUGAUAAUUAUCUGGAAAAAAUUCAAGAUUUUGGUAAAAAAUAUUACAAGCAUCGCUUCUCUGAAGAUCACAUAGAAGAAAUCUGUCAGAAAUUUCUCAAUGUUGGAGUGAAGAAGGAAGAUUUGAUUCAUGCAUUCUGCCAAAUGCCUUCAAAUGCAGAUGGCUUCAUUGAGCCUCAUGUUUUUAAACUAAGCGUUUCACAGCUAGAGAGAAUAUUAUUAGUCUUUAUUAACCAUAAUAUCAGCCCUGAGGCCAUGAUUAGAGUCAUCAUGUACUAUGGCAGUGACAUCUUGUCAUUGUCCCCUCAAGAUCUUGAAGCAGCACUGAUGGCACUGGGAUCUCUACCGCACCUUGAUAAACCAAUGACUCAAUUGUUGCACCUGUGUCCGCAACUCAUCGAAAUGGACAAAAACAUGGAAGAAAAACUGGAUAACUUUCGGGAUAUUUUCCCACAGAAAGAAUUGAAGCAUCUCUUUAAAAACUCACCAAAUGUUCUACUUGAUUCAUGGAAAACUACCUGGGAAAAAAUUUCUUACAUUUAUGAAGAAAUGGGUUUGGAUCAGCCGCACAUUUCCUACAACAACACCCUGAGCUUUUCUCUGCAGCACAUCAAAGAGCGACACGAAGCUAUGCUACGCACCGGUGUGUACAAGAAGCCUAAACUUCACCGUGACCGUCUCAGUCACCUCAUGAAUGUCAAGCUCGACCUCAUCAUGAACUCGUCUGAUGCUCAGUUCUGCAAACAGAUUCUUGGCAUACCCCUGGAGGACUACAUAUCAUUUCUGGAGCUGAUGCAUCGAGAGCGUGGCGAGAACUUCCAUGGGAUUCAGAUGGAGGAUUAUGAAGCUGAUGAAGCAGAGCUUCAAGAAAAGAAAGAGCUUAGGGAUUCCUACGGGCGAAAAAGUCGUAAAGUUGAAAAAGAAAAGAAAGAUUACCAAAGAUGGCUCUCUGAACAGCAAUGAUGAACGACUUUGGUGAUAAUUUGUGAAUUACCUUCAGCCCCUUUAAUAGGUUGACAUAAUACCAUUUGAUUAACCACAUAUGCCAUGCCAAUACUCCUUCAAAGGGUCUUGGAUUCUUUCAUCCUGGCUGCAAUGAAGGAUGCUGUUGUCUCUAGUUGUAUAAGGUCUAAAUGUUGCUCAAGAAAAUCUCUGCUCAGAGACCAAUGACUUGCUGGCCUACUUAUUAUGCUGCUCACAUUCGAUAAUUAUACUUCAAAAUCAAUUUACACUUUAUUCUUCACCAAAAGAAUCAGUAGAAUCUUCACAUCGAAUAAAGUAUUUAUUUUUAUUGUAAGUAAAAUCGUUUGGGAAGGCAUUUAAAAUUACACGAAAUGUGUAUAAGCUUGCAUCCCUCUAAUCUUAAUCCAAUUUAAUCACAGCUCGCUAUUUUAGGUGUAUAAGCAGCUUGGUAUUAAAUACUGCUAUAUUAAAUUAUAUCAAAUUCACAGGAAUGCUAAUUAUAUGAAAUUUGUCUCAAAUCAUAAUAUGAAACAAAGCACGUUUACAUACAUGAAAAUAUUAAGAAAGCGAGUACGGUAUGUUAUGACGGACGUAGACGCGACCUCAAGUUCGAGGCUUCCAUUGUGACAUAAGCGCUCACAACAGCAAGGAAUUACUGACGUCUCGCGUUAGCACGACCUAAUCACCAUCAUGUUGCAACGUAACCAAUGACGAACACGAUACCUUUGUUUUUCUUUGUAAAAACUGCAGGGGGUAAUUUUUUGUUCUAGUACAAAAUAAAUGCUCUUGCAAUAACACGAAUGCAACGUUAAAAAUCACAAUCGACGUUAAAAAACUUAAAAUAUUCAUAAACUGUAACAAUAAUAUUAACUUUGAACUAUGUUUUCAUAUUUCACGGUACCGGUUCCAUAACAACUUUGUAUAGCUAAUAAACAUUUGUGAGCAUU